AUGGCCGAAUCAAGCACCAAAAUUCUGGGAGUGGUUCUCUUCCUUGUCCUCGUUUCUAAAGGCUAUGGGCAAUGCUCCUUGAGUGAUCUAUCAGUGAAGCAAUCUCAAACAGGAGUCAAAGUGCAGCAAAAGGAAGAAUGGAGUGUGACAAUCACCAACAAUUGUGCAUGUGUUCAGAAGAAUGUGCUAUUGAAUUGCUAUGGAUUUCAAAGCGCUGAAAGCAUAGACCCUUCAGUUUUGAGGGUCUCAGGCAGUAACUGUCUUCUUAACAAUGGUCAACCAAUCUAUAAAGAUGCUGUUUCCUUCAAAUAUGCUUCGGACCAGCAAUUUCCAUUAAACCCCGUUUCCUCUGAGAUUGCUUGUUCUUAA